AGAGAGAGAGGCAGAGAGAGAGGCAGAGAGAGGCAGAGAGAGAGGCAGAGAGAGAGGCAGAGAGAGAGAGAACCUUCAACUGAAACAUAUUAAACUCUGGAGAUGUACUAUCCCACAGGCUUCUGGCUGCCACACCCACAUAUGAGCUGCAGCAACUCUAUAAAGUCAGACUAUUCUGCAACUUACUUAAGGGAAGAGACUCUACUCCCAUCUUCACCAGGUCGUUCAGGAGUCAGAGUGGUGUGUAUAGGAGAGGAAAGGCCCAGACCAGAGCUCUAACAUACUACAGACGUCACAGCCCUACAGUAACAUACAGGACCAUCUUCUGAGAGGAGGCCCAGAGGAUGUCUCGUUGGGGCCGUAAAGACGUGAAGAAGACUCCUGAGGUGAUCAGGACGGUGACAGAGGGGUUAAAGUCUCUGUACCAUCAGAAGCUCCUCCCCUUGGAGCAGCACUACGGUUUCCAUGACUUCCACUCCCCCUCUCUGGAGGACGCAGACUUUGACAACAAACCCAUGGUGCUGGUGGUGGGGCAGUACUCCACUGGCAAGACUAGCUUCAUCAAGUAUGUGUUGGAGCAGGAUAUCCCAGGAAGCAGGAUAGGACCAGAGCCCACCACUGACUGUUUCACAGCCAUCAUGCACGGCGAGGUAGAGGGAGUUAUCCCAGGCAACGCUCUCAUCGUCGACCCCAACAAACCCUUCCGCAAUCUCAACCCCUUUGGAAACACCUUCCUGAACAGGUUACAGUGUGCCCAGCUGCCCAAUCAGGUCCUGGAGAGCAUCAGCAUUAUCGACACGCCGGGGAUCCUGUCAGGAGCGAAACAAAGGGUGAGCCGAGGUGAGAAGAGCAAGGCUCAGGAGUGGACGGGACAAGGCUAUGACUUCCCAGCGGUGCUGCGAUGGUUUGCAGAGCGUGUUGACCGUAUCAUCCUCCUGUUCGAUGCCCACAAGUUGGAGAUCAGUGAUGAGUUCUCCGAUGCCAUCAGAGCGCUGCGUGGUAAUGAGGAGAAACUGCGCGUCGUCCUGAACAAGGCUGACAUGGUGGGAACACAACAGCUGAUGAGAAUCUACGGAGCUCUAAUGUGGUCUCUGGGCAAGGUGUUCAACACCCCAGAGGUCGUGAGGGUGUAUAUCGGGUCGUUCUGGUCUGAACCACUGCUGGUCCCUGAUAACCGUCGUCUGUUUGAGCUGGAGGAGGAGGAUCUGUUUAGUGACAUCCAGAACCUUCCCCAUAAUGCAGCCCUCAGGAAACUCAACGACCUGGUGAAGAGGGCACGGCUGGUCAGGGUGCAUGCCUACAUCAUAAGUUACCUGAAGAAGGAGAUGCCAACCUUCAGGAAGGACAACAGGAAGAAGAACCUGAUCUACCAACUUCCUGUCAUCUUCUCCAAGAUCCAGCUGCAACACCACAUCUCUGCUGGGGACUUCCCUGACUGCGCCAAGAUGCAGGAGCAGCUGUUGACCCAUGACUUCAGUAAGUUCAAGCCCCUGAAACCGUCCCUGAUGGCUGCUCUGGACGAGCUGCUGGCAUCCGACAUCGCCAAGCUGAUGCCCCUGCUGCGCCAGGAGGAGGUCAACCUGGGGGAGCAGCCAGGGGUACAGGGGGGGGCCUUCCUGGGAACCCGCGCCGGGCCCUUCGUGGUGAACGACCCAUUCGGAGACGUGGAGAAGGAGGGCGAGGAUGGGGGCGAGAUGGCCUGGGUGGUGACCAAGGACAAGCCCAAAUAUGAUGAGAUCUUCUACAACCUGGUGCCCAACGAGGGCAAGCUGAGUGGCACCAAGGCCAGGGACUGGAUGGUGAGCACCCGGCUGCCAAACUCCGUCCUGGGGAGGAUCUGGAAGCUGUCGGAUGUGGACCGAGAUGGCAUGCUGGAUGACGAGGAGUUUGCCCUGGCCAGCCACCUGAUCGAGGUGAAGUUAGAGGGGCAUGGUCUGCCACCCGAGCUGCCAGCACGCCUGGUGCCCCCCUCCAAGCGCAGGCAGAAAGGAUCUGAUAUAUAGAGACUACAUUAACCCACCCUUUGGAGCUGAGAGUAUAACCCUCUGACAGCUGACACACACACUACUGCCGCCCUACUUUGUCCCCUACGUUGUCCCCCUACUUUGUCCCCUACAUUGUCACCUAGUCCCCUACGUUGUCCCCUACAUUGUCCCCUACAUUGUCCCCUACUUUGUCCCCUACAUUGUCACCUAGUCCCCUACAUUGUCCCCUACGUUGUCCCCUGCAUUGUCCCCAGUCCCCUACAAUGUCCCCAGUCCCCAACCUUGUCUCCUACAUUGUCUUCUAGUCCCCUACAUUGUCCCCUACGUCAUCCCCCAGUCCUCUACAUCGUCCCCUACAUUGUCCCCUACGUUGUCCCCAGUCCCCUACGUUGUCCCCUACAUUUCUUCUAGUCCCCUACAUUGUCCCCAGUCCUCUACAUUGUCCCCUAGUUCCCCACGUUUUCCCCUUGUGCCCUACAUUGUCUCCUUGUCUCAUUAUCUUUCCUUACUUUGUGUCUGUAAGCCCCUGGCUGCAUCUCAAUAGUCUUCGGUAGCUUUUUCUUCUCCUCUCCUGUAAAGUAACAUUUUCUUGUGUUUUAUUCCUAAAGGAUAACAGAGGUCUGAUGCCCUUUCGUGUUUUGUAUUAAUGGACAGGACAAAAGGACAGAAGGAGAGUAGAGAGGGAGAUCGUAAGUAGACAGAGUAGUGGAGAUGGGACUUGAACCCCCGCGUCCAAUGUGUCUCCACUCUAAUUCCUUUCCCAUAGUGCAGAUGAAGGAAAGGAAAGGAGGAGGAGAAGAUACUUCAUAUUAUUGAGAUGCACCACAACUUUUUCCAAUUGGAUCUAAAUGUGUUUUGCUGAGUGAUGUCAAAUAAAAGCUAGUGGCCUGCUCUACUCUGCUCUACUCUACUCUACUCUGCUCUGCUAAUUACACACUGAUCUGAUUAUACAUGGCUCUGAAAGCUGCCUUACUAUAUUUGACUUGCUUUUACAUGGAGCUAUUUUGCAGGGGUUUUAACAAAUCAAGACCGACAUACAUAGACACGUUGAAUAUGUUCAAGUACACUAAUCUAUGUUCAUGUAUUUGACAGCUGUUGCCAUUAGGUACAGUAUAAAGCUUGUUUAGUCAUCUCUCUGUCUGUCUGCAGGGGACUGGUCCAACCAAUAACAUUGCAGUACUUAUAUAGUUAGUAUAGUUUUCCUCACACACUGUCACUGUCUUCUAUUCAGCUUUUGGGGGAUUGUUUAGUGAGUAGUGCUGUUGAUUUUCUAUUUACUAGACAAAUAACAGCAUUUGUUUCAAAUUAAUGUCAUAUGCUGUGAGAACAAUGUUGUUAUGUAAAACAAUGACUGCUGUGCACAGUUAACCCAACAGCUACAUGUUAUUAUUAUCAUUACCUAAUAAACUGUAUGGACUGUG